AUGACACAAAAUGCAGAUGAAACGACCAAACCUAAAUUUCACCUCAGGUUUCAAUCGUCCGAGAAAGAGCACAUCUCGAACAGAUGUCAUCUUGCCUCGAUUAAACAUCAAGAGGCAAGAUCAAGGACGAGACAGGAUGAAGCGGAUCGCUCGCUGGUUACUAUUCAUCAUCGCUCUAACAUUUUAGAAGUUAUUCAUGGGAACUGUACGACGGAGGGAGAAAUCGCCGAUGGAGGACUCGAGAUCGAGGAAUUUUCGGAAACGCAGGAAAAUAUGCAACAGUUGAAGAUGAUGCUGCUGAGACAGGCCUCGAAUUUGACAGAAUCGGGAAACGAAACGGUCACUACAACCAGACCUUGCGAAUGUCAAGGUGGUGUUUGCGGAUGUUGUUCGCGGAUUUUGUACGACAGAUGGAAGCAGAAGGCCUGCGUCAACAUCACGUACGAUCCCGACGAGUUUAGCUUCACCGCGCACAUCUUGAUGAACGAUAGAGUCCUUUAUACGAGGACUGUUUCUGGGAAAAAUCCUAGACCGAUAUGCGUUCCUUUUCCAAGGAUACCGUUUAUGAGAGCGUGCGUCAAAUUUUAUAAUAUAUACUUCCAAGGUAGAAAUAUUCAUCUGUGUGUCAACAUGGAAGGAAAAUUCGAGGAUACGACAGUGUUCAAGGUGAGUUUAGACUGCCUUAGAUUCGGUGAAAAUGGACUAGCUCUUUUAAAACCAGAAGACGGAGGUGGUUUGGGUCAAGUAGAAGUUUUUCCGGACGACGAUAAUGAUGAUGAAGACGAUUAUGAUGAUGAAAAUGAGGAUAAUGACGAAGAUGAUGGAAAUGAUGAUGAUGACGACGACGACGACGAUGAUAUAUUCUAA